CUUCUGGAGUGACAGUACACGCUCUGUGCUCCCGUCUCAUUCGAAACCUCGUCCACUUCGCUGUGUUUCUGGAAUUAUAUCCCUCCCUCUGACACUGAAGCUUCUGAACAGGAAAGUGCCGUUCUCAAAGUGCUAACUGAGCCGGCCAUGGACUAUGCGGACUCGUUUAAAGCUGCCUUGGGAAAUACUCGUAAAUGAAAUCGGUUUGUUCUGUGAUGUCCAAGUGUGGCUGAGCUAAGCUACACGGCCUCGUAAUUCGAUGAUUUUAGGAUUUUGGCAACAAGAGGAGAACAUUUUGACCAAAAAGAAAAGAAAGAGUGACGUAGAAAAAUUAACUCUUCAAAGUGAGUGAGGUUGGUAUAACUAAUAGAAAGGAAAACACAACUGACAUUAACCACAUUUUCUCUUAGAUCCCUCCAACACGUAGUGAGAAAAUAAAGAGAGAGAAAAAAAACAACAACUGAAUAUCCCAAAAAGAAAAGAGGGAAUUUAAGAGAACGAGAGAGGAAAACCUACCGUGUACUGAAGAUAGUGAUAUUGUGUCGAGAGUCGUGAUGGUGAGAAAAGCACAGGCCAGGCUCUCCUCUGCUCUCUCGCCCUAGUUCCAGCUCUCUAGCACUCCUUCCUACCUUUAAAGUGCUAGGUAUCUCACGUCACCCAGGAUAUAAAGCAAGAAAUUACAGUUUGUUGGGAGGGAAUUGAUAUACCUAUACCCCAAAUAUCCCGGAACCAAACACUAAGCUCACCACGAACAUGGAAGCUUCCUUAUUAACGGAUAUUUAACCAAGAGAGAGAGAGACUCUUUGACGUUCUCUCCGUGUCUGAGAAGAACAGUAAUUCGAGCCACCGAGAAACAUUGCUAGACUUCUUGGAGACAUCGGAGGAGCUCGGCCAAGUUGCGCUCAUUUUGCCCUUUACGAUGGCUUCUCGGUCGACCAUGGCGGCAUGUGGACGAGGAGGAGUAGAAAUAUCCGUCUGCUUACUGCUUCUGCUGGUGCCGCUUCAGUCUCCGCUCGCUCAGGCGCAGUAUACCGAAUCGGGAGCCUGGGUCGGCGUCGAGAACAACACGGUGGUGAACGUGAAGGCGCAGCUCGGUUUCACUGCUUUCCUGCCCUGCUCCGUCCGCAUGAUUGGGGACAAGCAGAUAUCAUGGAUCCGACGCCGUGACUGGCAUGUCCUUACCUCCGGCGUUUUCACGUACACGAACGACGAACGGUUCUCCAUCACGCACCGAGAUGGCGCUGACGACUGGACGCUCUCCAUCAGGUAUCUUCAGGCCAGAGACAACGGCACUUACGAAUGCCAGAUUUCGACCGGAACGGGAAUCGUCAGCCAGUUUGUGAACCUGAAUGUGAUUGUCCCAGAGGCAUUCAUCCUUGGCAACAGUGAAUACCACGUGGAAACUGGAUCCCCCAUCAACCUAUACUGUAUCAUUGAACAGACGCCGAUUCCGCCCCACGUCGUGUACUGGAAACACAACGACCGACUCCUGAACUACGACACGGAGCGCGGGGGGGUGAGCGUGACCAUCGAACACGGCGCCAAGACAUCUUCCCGACUCGUCAUCUCCGGCGCCACCACCAAAGAUGAGGGGAACUACACGUGCGAGGCCCCGAAGACGCUGCCCGCCUACGUCUACGUCUUCGUCAGGAAAGCCAUCACAUUCGUCUCAUACUCGUCUAACCACCCGCUCCUCACGCCCACACGUUCUCUCACAACCUCACGCCCUCUCACUUACCCCUACGCCCUACUCUCAUGCCCUUAUAGCAGCCCGUGUCUCACGCCCUCUCACAACCUCACGCCCACUCGCUUACCCCUACGCCCUACUCUCACGCCCUUAUACCUACCUUCCGUGUCUCACGCCCUCUCACUUAACCCCACGCCCACUCGCUUAAUCCCACGCCCUACCCUCACGCCCUUAUACCUGUCCGUGUCUCACGCCUUUUCACGCCCUAACGCAAGUACGCCCGCCCGCCGUGUGUCCAGUGGGCCAUGUCACAUCUUCCUUAAGUCGGAGGUCGUUGGAAGCACGCGCAUCGAUCGCCACAGGCCCCUUCCCUGGAGAUUCAUUGUGGAACUUGACCUCAGGCAGUCAGAAACAUACCACUAUGUGUAG